CUCCUCCUCGCUCCCUCUCUCCGCCCGGCGCCGGGGCAGCUCCCAGCGGAGGCGCUGGGGACAUGGAGCGGACCUGAGGCGGUGGCGGAGGCAGCGGCGGCAGAACCGGCACCGACACCGGGGUGGGACCGGCACCGACACCGGAGCGGCACCGACACCGGGGUGGGACCGGCACCGGCAGCACCGGCGGAGGCGGGGGCGGCCCCGGGACUCAGCGCAGCGGAGCUGAUGUCCAUGAGGAGCCCCAUCUCUCCACCCCCGGAGCUGGAUGGAGCGGGCACCAUGGUGAACUGCGCCGUCAAGACCGAGGAGAAGAAGGAGGGUGGCCCCGAAACCCCCCCGGGGGCUGCCCCCAGCGCCGAGCCCCGGCCCCACGACCCCCCAGGGCCACCUCCCAGGGAUGGCACCGACCCCCAGGCCCUGCCACAGGAGUCCCGCUCUCCCACCGGGGAUGUCCCCGAGCCCCGGCGCUCCGCCUUCGAGCCGGCCGGGAGUGGCCAGGAGAAGCUGGACUUCAACAGGAACCUGAAGGAAGUGAUGCCCACCAUCGAGAAGCUGCUGGCCAGUGACUGGAAGGAGCGGCUGCUGGGCCGGAGCACGGCUGAAUCCAAGGAAGUGAAAGGAACGCAGGAGAGCCUGGCAGAGAAGGAGCUGCAGCUGCUGGUGAUGAUCAACCAGCUGUCCACGCUGCGGGACCAGCUGCUGACGGCGCACUCGGAGCAGAAGAACAUGGCCACCAUGCUCUUCGAGAAGCAGCAGCAGCAGAUGGAGCUGGCACGGCAGCAGCAGGAGCAGAUCGCCAAGCAGCAGCAGCAGCUCAUCCAGCAGCAGCACAAGAUCAACCUCCUCCAGCAGCAGAUCCAGCAGGUCAACAUGCCCUACGUGAUGAUCCCCGCCUUCACCCCCGGCCACCAGCCCCUCCCGGUCCCCCCCGAGUCCCAGCUGGCACUGCCCAUCCAGCCCAUCCCCUGCAAACCGGUGGAUUACCCGGUGCAGCUCCUGCACAGCCCCCCUCCUGCCACGCUGAAGAGACCCGCGGGCCCGGGCCACCUCCAGAUGCAGGAGACCUCGCAGCCGCUGAACCUGACGGCCAAACCCAAAGGCUCCGAGCUGCCCAGCGCCUCCAGUUCUCCCAGUCUGAAGCUGAGCGGCUGCCAGGCCCUGACACCGAGCCACGGGGCCAGCAGGGAGCUGCAGAGCAGCCCCUCCAACCUCCCGCUGGGAUUCCUGGGAGAGGGCGAUGCCAUCACCAAAGCCAUCCACGACGCGCGGCAGCUGCUGCACGGCCACGGCGCCGCCAUGGAGGGGUCACUGAGCAGCCCCUACCGCAAGGAGCCCGUCGGGAUCGACUCCUCCCCGGUGAAGGAGCGGAUGGAGGAGACCCAAGGCCACCGGCUGGACGAGGCUCUGCUGAGCUGCGAGAUGGACGGCUCCCGGCACUUCCCGGAGUCCAGGAACAACAACCACAUCAAGCGGCCCAUGAACGCCUUCAUGGUGUGGGCCAAGGACGAGCGCAGGAAGAUCCUGCAGGCCUUCCCAGACAUGCACAACUCCAGCAUCAGCAAGAUCCUGGGAUCCCGCUGGAAAUCCAUGUCCAACCAGGAGAAGCAGCCCUACUACGAGGAGCAGGCGCGGCUGAGCCGGCAGCACCUGGAGAAGUACCCGGACUACAAAUACAAACCGCGGCCCAAGCGCACCUGCAUCGUGGAGGGCAAGAGGCUGCGCGUGGGCGAGUACAAGGCGCUGAUGAGGAACCGGCGCCAGGACGCCAGGCAGGGCUACUUGAUAGGGCCGCAGGGCAGCCAGGUGCCCCCCAGCUCCUCGGACGUGCUGUACCCGCGGCCGGUGGGCGUGCAGCUGCCCCCUCCCCUCCUGGAGCAUUACCUGCCCCGCGGCGUGGACCCCACCAUGCCCGUCAUCGUCAACACCCGCAGCCUCAAGGACGGCGACGCCGGGGACGACGGGCACUCGGUGCCCGAGGGGGACAUGUACCGCUACAGCGAGGGCGAGGACUCGGAGGGCGAGGACAAGAGUGACGGCGAGCUGGUGGUGCUGACGGACUGAGGGGCGCAGGGGGUGGCAGGGCUGGCUGCCACCACGGGGCGUGUCCCGGCGGGGUGGCACUCGGCCACAGGGGAGCUGCCCACUUGUAGAAGGGUCCCACCAGGGUGGGCACCUGGGAUUUUGGGUGGCAAGGACUGGCUUGGCCUUGCUUUGGUGGCACGUGGAGCCAAGGUCAGCCAGCCUGGCGAUUUGGUGACGCUGUGGCUGCGGCGCUGUCACCCCUGAGGGGACCUGAGGCUCUCGUGCUGCAGGGAACCUCCAGAGCAUCUCCAGCCCUGCAGCACCUGCGGGUCCUGGAGAGCCUCACCUGCUGCGCUGCUGGGCACGGCGUGGGGACAUGGCAGGGAGACACAGGGUGGGGACACAGAAUAGGGACACGGGAUGGGGACACAGGGCAGGACACAGAAUAGGGACAUGGGAUGGGGACACGGGAUGGGGACACAGGACAGGGACACAGAAUAGGGACAUGGGAUGGGGACACGGGAUGGGGACACAGGACAGGGACACACUGGUCCCUCCUCUAUCCUGGUGUGACCUCCCCUCCGCGCUUCCCGCUCGCUCUUUGGCGCCUGCCAGCGAAUUCCCACCGAGCCAAUUUUAGCUCCAGCCUGGCCCCGGCCCCGGCCAGAGGCUCCUCGGGGCCCUUUGUGCUGCUGGCAGCUCUGGCCCACUUAGGGAAUAAAGAGGGGGCUGUUCCUGCCCUGCCAGCCGCCCCUCGGGGGGGACGUGCCCGCCUGGCCCCGGACACCUGGCCCUGCAGGCCGGGCUGCACCUGAGCCCUGCGGGGUGAGAGGGAGGGAGAAGGAAGGAACGGCUGUGAGGGGGAAAGGAGUGAUGAGGAUAAAUGAGCUUGGUGUGGUCAGAGCCUGUUCCAGGGGCUGGGGUGUGGCUGGGCAGGGCGGUGUCCAGGUGAGAGUUCAAGGUGUCCAGGUGUGUGUGCUGUGUCCAGGUGUGUGGCAGUGCCCAGGUGUGCGUGUGUGGUGUCCAGGUGAGUGUGCCGUGUCCCUUGGAGUGGCAGUGCCCAGGUGUUUGUGCCAUGCCCAGGUGUGUGUGCCGUGUCCCUCUGAGUGGCAGUGCCCAGGUGUUUGUGCCAUGUCCAGGUGAGUGUGCAGUGUCCCUCAGAGUGGCAGUGCCCAGGUGUGUGGCAGUGUCCAGGUGUGUGUGCCAUGCCCAGGGGUGUCUGUGGCAGUGCCCAGGUGUUUGUGCCAUACCCAGGUGUGUGUGCCGUGUCCCUCUGAGUGCCAGUGCCCAGGUGUUUGUGCAGUGCCCAGGUGUGUGUGCCGUGUCCCCCUGUGCUCAGCCGCUCUCUCCCCGGCCGUGUCCCCGCUGUCCCUCCGUGCGCGGGGCUCCGGCACCUCCGUGUGGCAGAGCCGGGAACAGCCCCGAGCCUGGGACAGCGACAGCGCUGGGGACACCGCGGGGACAGGGACACCGCGGGGACUGCCACUGUGCUGGGGACACAGCAGGAGCUGUGACCAUGGUGGGGACACCGUGUGAACUGUCACCACGUUGGGGACACUGCAGGAGCCGCGGCCACCUGGGCUCGAGGUUGCACAAGGUGGGCACCAGCCUCUGUCCCCUUGUCUCUCUGUCCCUUGUCCCUCUGUCCCCUUGUCCCCAAGCCGGGCUGGGGAUCCAAAUCUCAGCAGCACCAGGAUUCCAGUGCUGGGGACACUGCCGUGGGGACAUCCUUUAUCCCAGGGGACAUCCCUCCAGCCCCUCCCCUGCCCUUUGUCAGUGCUUUAUUUAUUCCCAACUCCCUGGGGAGGGACAGGGGUCCCUGGGGAAGGACAGGGGUCCCUGGGGAUGGAAAGGGGUCCCCAGUAAGGGACAGGGGUCCCUGGGGAUGGAAAGGGGUCCCCAGUGAGGGACAGGGGUCCCUGGGGAUGGAAAGGGGUCCCUGGGAAGGACAGGGGUCCCUGGGGAGGGGUCCCAGCUCCAGGGCUGGGCCAGGUUGUGCUGCAGAGGGACUGGAAGCAGAUGUGUCCCCUCCCCACAGCUGCAGCUCUUCCUGUGUCCCUCUUCCAUUUCUUUUUCUUUUGUUGUUGUUUCAUUUUGUUUUUUAAAGAUUGUAAAUAUAGAUAGAGCUUUAUUUUGUUAAUAAGACGACGAGUAACUUAACCUGUAUAUUUCACAUCCCUGUUUACAAUCCUUCCUCCCCCUGGCCCUUGGCACAAUAAAAGUGACUUUUUGGAGCAGA